CGAGACAACAGAAGGUGUCGUUUUCUAACGUUUUAACCACAAAGUUAGCGACGUUUUCCGGUGAGUUAACUUCAAACCGGCGUUAAACCAACAAGACAAAGUAAAGAAACCCAGCGGUGUGGUUGAUGGUGAUUUUACGCCAAAUCUGGUUGUUACACGAAUAACUAUGGGAACAUGUUUCUACUCGAAUUGUAACGUUAACUGACUUUUAUGUGAUUUUAAAGCGACCCCCCCCCCCCCCCCAAUGAAGAGUUAACCGACUGAAACAUCGUUAACAAAGAUCGAUAAUGGAGAUUUGUAUCGGUUCCUAAUAUUCUGGACAGUGCAUACAGCGUUGUUUUUUUUUUUUCCACCAGAAGACGACAAUGCCGACUCACUCAGUACUGCCGUUUGUGGAGAGCCCUGAUGGCCUUGCUCAAGAUAUUCUUAUUAGUAACAAUGCAAACAUCCCGGGGCCUGGCUCCAGCAUGACGCCUCACGCCACCUACUCUGAAAAGGCUGUGUUGCAAUCCGGAGGAAGUGCACCAGUAUCUUGUAUGUUCUGUGACCUGACCUUUGCCCAUCAGGAUGAGCUGGGACCCCACGUACUUACGCAGCACCCCACCACUUUCUUUGAGCCAACCGUGCUCCGAGUCGAGGCCGAGUUCAGGAUCCCAGGAGAGAGACCCCGGCCCAAACCCAGCGCCCUCCCUGUUGAGAAAGAGGAGGUGCACAGCUGUAUAGUGUGCGGUCAGGUUUCACAAGACGCCAGUGAGCUGGAGACCCACAUGAGGAAGCACAAGGACUAUUUUACUUACUGCUGCAAUGUGUGCGGGCGGAGGUUUAGAGAGCCCUGGUUCCUCAAGAACCACAUGAAAAUGCAUGUGAAACCAGGAGUCAAGAGCAAGGCCCAGCAAGACCUGGACACCCCUGUCACGGUCAACGAUGUCGUCCAGGAGCAAGCGCCAGAAGCCGUAGUCACUGUUUACAAAAUGUGCAUGGUCUGUGGGUUUUUCUUCCCUGACCACGACAGUUUAGUUGAACAUAGUAAAGUGCACAAUCGAGAGGUGGAGCCGGGGAAAGAUAAAGACAAGGAGAGCAUGGAUGACACUACUGAACCCCCUCAAAAACAAGAAUCAUUCCUUCAGAGUCUAGGACUUAGGCCUCAGCCUGCAGGAAAAAGUUUGCCAGAAGAGAGAUCAUCAAAAUGGAUCCCUCAGCUGGAUCCCUUCAACACAUAUCAGGCCUGGCAACUCGCAACAAAAGGCAAGAUAGCAGUGGGCCCUAAUACGACUAAAGAUCUGGGCCAGGAAGCCAGCACAGACAACGAAGAAUGCGGCUCGGAUAAGGAGGAGUUGAAUAAUAUUUGGACGGAGGGACAAGGAGACAAAGCCACAAAAGAGGUUCUUGGAAGAGAGCUCCGGUCUCAGACGCAGACUGCAGCGGAAAACCCCCAACCGCAGAGGAGGUCCCUGAUGCAAAAAGAUAAAGAGAGGCCGACGACGUGCGAGGAAUGUCAGAGAACCUUCAGGACCUACCACCAGUUAGUCCUCCACUCCAGGGUCCACAAGCGCGAGAGAGGAGGGGAAGAGAGUCCGACCUCUUCUUUGGAGGGGAAGCUGUCGAGGGUGAACUCGCUUGAGAACGCAGAGGAAGGCUCCGAGGAGGGAUUUGAGGAGGCGGCUUUGACUGAAAACCUGGGUCCAGGUGAAGAUGGAUUUGACCGUUCAAAAGUCCGAUCGAAAGCAUGCAGCUACUGUGGGAAAUCAUUCAGGUCAAGCUAUUACCUCACAGUUCACCUGAGGACACACACAGGUGAAAAACCGUUCAAGUGUGCUUAUUGUGAUUACGCCGCAGCCCAGAAAACCUCUCUGAAGUAUCACCUGGAUCGCCGCCACAAGGAUAAACCUUAUGUAGAAAUUCCCAGCAGACCCGUUCCUUUAGCGCCCUCUCCAAACGAUGUGAAACACGGACCUGACAGUGAGAAUCCAGCUCCAAAUAGAUCCAAACUCUGGGUUCCUGCAGCCAGACCGGGCUCCAGUGGAAUGCCGAAGGACAGAUUUGACAACAUGGGCUGCAAGCUGAGCAAACCGCUCAUCCAGAUGAAUGCUGAGUACGAGAAAUUAAUUGCAAAGUCCGCUUACUCCCCGAUUGAUGAUGUGGUCGUAAAGUGCCCCGUACCUGUUAACCUGAAGAUGGAGAGGGAGGAAAUAAAAGACGAGAACUCUGAGGCCCCAUUAAAUCUGUCCUUAAAAGUGUCUCUCUCCAUCUCUGCCAGUGCAGAACCAAGAAAUGCAUUAACUCCAAUCGCCUGUUCGUUCUGUGCGUAUAAAACCAUGUACCCUGAAGUUCUGAUAAUGCACAAAAAGCUGACGCACAAAGACAAGGCGGACUGUGUGAAAAAGAACGGAUUUGGAGGGAGUGUGAAACAAAAGCGUUACACAGGUUGCCCCCCUGCACUUGAAGGGAAGGAUGUCACCCCGCUUCCGAUGAUAGAUCGGCCGCACCCUCGUCGGACAAAGUCCCCGCCCCCUCAACCUGCUAAACCGCAAGAAAAGGCGCCGGUUAACCUGCCGCACGCCCCCAAGCGAUCCCCAAUUCAUGCACCCUCACAUGAUGUCACCCAGGAGAGCCAUCGUCUCAGACUUGACUCACAUCCCAGUCAGGACUCGACAAGGUUCACAGAGCUCAUGAGGAAAUCAAGCACGGGUACCAAACAUGUCCUGGACCACCCGGCCCCCCCAGAGAGAGUGGGAAUCGGCGAACGGAGCUACCCAGCGAGGAGCGGCGUCAUUUGGCAGUCGGAUGCCAGACUGUGCCUUUCAAGCCGUUUCGGGAGGCUCCCGCAGAUGGAUUUUGGUGAACCCUCCAGCAAGAAGUUAAAGUACGUGGUGCCUACGGGACGGGAAGCGGAGACGAGCGAGAAGCCGGGAUUUAGAGGAUCAACAUCGGACGCAUCCAGCAGGCUGCUCCUCUCAGGGAGGAGUGUGAAAAGCACGUCGCAGGGGCAGAGCACGCCUUCGCUGUCUGACACUUUGGCUCCUUUGAAAACAUCCUCUGCAGCUAUUGGAGGAGGUCUGGACUCUGAUUGGAGCAUGAUGAACCUCCUGCGCUCGUACACGCCCAAUGACCUGGCGUCUCUCUAUCACAGCACACCUGCCAACCCCAAUCACGGAGGCCUGACCAACCCAAGAGCAGGGGGCAGAACUGUGCUGUACCAACACUUACCCACUCUGCCCAACCUGCAGAGGAGAGACCCCUCAGGCCCCUUCGCUAACCAACGCUAUGGGACCACUGACAAAAGUAACUAGAGUGGGUACCAAGGUAAAAAAAAACAAGAAGGAUGAACUACACUCUGAAAAGUCCCAGACCAGAAUCUUAAAAUCGUCUGUGUGGAUCUUGACGUACAUGUUUCAUAUUUGACAAACAUUAAGUAUUUCUUCUCCUCUCUUUAGAUUUGAACUUUGCUGCUACCUUAUUUGGACAACUUCUUGGAAUAUAAGUUUAAUAUAAACAUUUAGGAGGGAUGGUUUGUGCUGAAAAAAGGGUCCUGGCUCCCUUAAUUUGAUAUAUAUAUAUAUAUUGUUUUUUUUUCCAGUCAAGGAAAACUGUGCUGCAUAAACAUUUCAGGGCAGAGGCCUUUAAGAUAUUUUUUUCUUUUGUUUAAAAAAAAAAAAAAACAGUGCAGGUAAAGUUUCCUAAAAGAUAUAUUUCCACGGGUGUGCACUGUGAUGUUUUCUCCCUUUUCAUUCUGUUAGUUCAUCCAUAUCUGACCCAGACUCUGUACAUGUCUAUGACAGCAAAGCAAACAGCAAAGUUUUGUAUUUGGGGUAGGGUUAGUAUAUCUCUUACGCGUUCAGUACAUAAAAUUCUAUUGAAUAAAAAUGUAUGAAAUAUAAUUUUUGUGAAAAGAAAAAAAAAGCUGCUGCUGCUCAGUUCACUUCCUGUUGAUGUCCAUGCAAGCAGUUUAGAACUUUUCUGUUUUACUUUCCUUUUUUUUUUUUUUUUUUCCAAGACACUGAAGGGUGUGUGUGGGAAUUUCUUUGGAAUAACUUGACGGCUUCGGGCCACAGAAAAAAAAAAAAGAGUCCUGUGUAUGUUGAAGUGGUCUACCUCAUGUGCUCUCGACACUGUUAUUUUCAUUUAAAAAAAAAAAAAAAAAGCUGCUAUAGCUAUCAUGUCAGCUGGGCCUGUGCACCGAGCAGAGCCACAUGUUUUGAGUUGGAGUGUGUCUAGAUGGACGUGUUCGUAAGGCAGCCGCACAAAACACACACACAAACAUCUGGUGACGGAACAACUACUACUGCUGCGGCCGGGCCGAACCGACCUGUGGCAUGUGAUUAACUGUAACACAAUUCUUCUGGUGGAUUUCUUUGAUAUGCUCUAUAUUUACGAGCCCAGUUUUAAACACAGAACAGAUUUUGUUCAGGUUAUUAUUUGUCUUCUUAAAAAUGGCAAACGGUUAUCAUCUGCUUUAGUUGGUGCCUCAGAUCCAUCAGCUGUACGAGGUUCUCUGUUUGUGUGUGAAAUGCUCACGGCUGUGUUCUCUGAACUGCACAGUCAGCAGUUUACUAACGUUGAGCCUUUAAAAGUGUCGUUUCAUCCACUGCUCUCGUUUGACUGUGUCGUUUAGACAGAAUGAAAAGGUAACAGCAGCUAUGUCGAUGGAUGUCUGGAUUGAAUUCUACACUGUGAACAGAGUCUCAGGUGAACUCAUUUAUCAGCUUAGUUAGUCUUCUUUUGUCGUUUUUGAAUUGUUGCCACUUUGAAAGCCUUUGGUUUAAGUUAUUUCUUUUUGUUGUCGUUGUUUGGUUAGUAACCCACAUGUGUACUUAUGUAAAAAUGAAAAAUAUUGUUUGAGAUUUGUAUUACACAUUUCAAUAAUAAAGUGAGAGGCGAACA